GCAUCAUUGGCCAGGAGAGCUCGAACUUGACUUUCAUCUCCAGAUCACACCUGCAGGUCGUUGACCUCGGCGCCGACCAGUUCCUGGUGCGCAACCUCAGCGUCAACCCAGUGGUCGUGAGACAACAGCAACUCGGAAAGGAUGGAGAGUCCAUCAUGAACGCCGGGGAGAGCAUUGAGUUCGUCGCCGGUGUGGAGCUUCGGUGUUUCCUGCGCUUGACGCUGGAACGGGCACCCGGAGCGACUUUCGUUGCCGCCUCACCAGCGCCUGCAGGUCCCGCAUUUUGGGUCGAGCUCGGUGGAACUGCCGUGAGACCCGAGGUGCCCCCUGAGCAGCGACGAGUACAUGCUCAGGUUGCCUUUCCUGCAGCACCGGCCUCAUGCAACAACGGCAGGCAAAAUCUCACAGUGGGCCGAGCCUACCAGCACGAGCUGCACCAGGCCGCUUUGCACGAUGAGGCCCUGGCCUGGGUCAGCCGAGAGCACUUCCGAAUCGCAGAGCUGGAGGCUGGAAAGUUUGAGCUGGUCGCAGUGAGCAGCAAUCCCAUGUGGAGACAGCAUGGCGAUGAGCAGCUUCCUCUCUCCAAAGAGGACAAAGCUUCACUGGAGCAUGGAGACCGCAUUUGGCUCUACACCGGUGCAA